AUGACAUCGAUAAAGCGCAAAAAUUCCACGGUUGACGAAGAAGAAAUUGAUUCUGAUGAAGAAGUACCGUCGAAUACAAUUGGUGACAAUGUGCCAUUGAAAUGGUAUGAGAAUCAUGACCAUAUAGGCUAUGAUCUCGACGCAAAAAAGAUUGCUAAACCGAUCUCAACGGGCAAAUCCGAUGAAAUCGACGAAUUUCUCGAAAAAAUGGAGAAUGCGGACUACUGGCGAACGGUCUACGAUGAUUUGACAGGACAAAAUGUCACCUUAACAAACGAAGAUAUUGCUAUGAUCCAACAUAUUCAAAAUGCUGAAACUUACCCCGAUGAUCACGUUUACGAACCAUGGGUAGACACAUUUUCAUCUGAAGUCAUGAUCCAUCCGAUAUUAAACACACCGGAGUCGAAAGCAUCAUUUAUUCCUUCGAAAUGGGAACGUUUAAAAGUCGGCAAAUAUCUUCAUGCAAUUAAAAUGGGCUGGGUUAAACCAGCACCACCAAAAGAAGAUCCAAUGCUAUCGAAUAGUUAUGAUUUAUGGGCAGAUGAACCAAAAACAAACUUACCACGUUCAAAUAUUCCCGCGCCGAAACUUGAAUUGCCUGGUCAUCAUGAAUCUUACAAUCCAUCUUAUGAAUAUCUUCUUGACGAUGCUGAAGUGGAAGCAUUGAAAG